GAAAAAGAAUAUUUUUUAUUUGCAGUCGCUAAGAAAAAUACUUUAUUCCAUUGAAAAUCUAUGAAAAAAUUAUUAAAAUAUUAAUUUUAAAUUGGAAUGUAAAUUAUAUAACAGUCCACUAUAAGCCGUUUAUAAUAAUACUGAUAAAAGAACUCGACUUUUCACGAUAAAUCUCAAAUUUGUAAAAAAAGUUACGCGUGCAACGAGGCAGACAUACCGGUCGCUGAAAAAAAUCUAUGCAGAAUUAAAUAAAAAAGAAAUAGAAAAAAAUUUAAUUAGAGCACGAGCAUUUUGUUGUAGUGGACUAAAAAAAAGAAUAAAUUCCUUCAAUUUAUAUAUAGAAAAUAUAUAUAGAAAUACAUUGUAAAAAUAAAAAACCGAAAAGAUAUUUCUGUUAAUUGCAUUGACCACCUGCAAUUUUAUUUAUUACUCUUUUUUCUAUUUUCAAAUGAACUUUGAAGUGUUAAUAAAAAUAGUAAAUUAAAUUAAACACCCAAUGAAGGUGCAGGUGAAUUAAAUAGCUCCUCAUCUAUAACAUCAUCUGUCGUUUAGAUUCAAGGGAAUUAAAGUAGCGAAUCAGCCAAUCAGUCAGCUAGGCAAUUAUUUAAAACGUGAUGUCACAACACGUGCAAGAUCCGGCUGUAUUUGAGAGACGUUUACGUCCAAUUUAUGACAACUUGGAGCUUGGCAAUAAUCGUAAAGCAUUACAAGAGACCGAAAAAGUUUUAAAAAAACAUCCAAGUCUUUUGUGUGCCAAAGCACUUAAAGGUCUGGCGCUAUUACGUCUGGGACGUUAUGAAGAAAGUCAUGGUUUUUUGCAAGCAGUUGCCGAUGAAAAGCCUGUGGAUGAUGCUACACUGCAAGUGCUGUCAUUUUGCUACAAAGAACUAGAGCAAUUGGACAAAAUUGUGGAAAUUUAUAAUUAUGCCGUAAAACAAUCACCCAAUAAUGAGGAGCUAUUGGCACAUCUAUUUAUAUCCCAUGUUCGUUUGGAAGAUUUUAAAGCACAACAAUCGGUGGCAUUACAAAUGUACAAGGCACAACCUAAAAAUGCCUAUUAUUUUUGGGCUGUUAUGAGUGUUGUUUUACAGGGUAUACGCGGCCCUGAAAGUCACAAUGAAACCAAACGUAAAAUCUAUUUAUCAUUGGCUCAACGUAUGGUGGAUAAAAUGAUUCAAGAAAAUAAAUUGGAAUCAGAGCAAGAAGUCUAUUUGUAUUUACAUAUUUUAAAAUUACAAGAUAAAUUUAAAGAAGCUUUGGAAUUCCUUAAUGGUCCCGUAUGCGAAAAGUUAUAUCCUGGUGCUCCCAUCUAUUUGAAGAUAAAUCUUUUGAAAGAACUUAAAAUGUGGCAAGAUUGCAAUACAUUACUUAAGGAUUUACUGAAGGAUGAAGACGAUCGUUGGGAUUACUAUCAAGAUUAUCUAACGACUUGUUUUGAGCUCUUAAAACUCCAACAAACCGAAGCGAGUGCUGAAAAAAGCGAUGAAGAAAAAGAGAAAACCAUAUUAACUAUUUUAGAUGAGUGUCACGAUUUUCUGUGUCAGCUUAUUGAAUCGGCAGAGAAAAAAGUACGUGGUCCCUAUUUGGCCCGUUUAGAAUUGCACAAACGUAUGCGUGAACUUAAUAUGGAUGCUGAGAAAUUAUUGGGCGAUUUUGGUGAAUUAGUUAUAGAAUAUUUCCGUUUGUUUGGUGAUAAACCCUGCUGUACACAUGAUAUCACCUUGUUUUUGCCUUCAAUUUCCAUGCAAGCUAGACAAGAUUUGGCCAAUAAAUUGUUGCUGGAAAGUGGCAUUAGCUCAACAACAUUACCACAAAAUAAAGAACAAAUGCAAAAACAUAUUUGUGCUUUACAAGUAUCACGCAUUUGUGGCUCACAUUUAGAGUUGGAAGUGGAGCAUCGUUUAGCAUUUUAUACUGCAUUAAAACUGCACUAUGAACAUGGUUUGAGUACAUUUGGUAAAAAUCUAUUACCCACAGAUAUGGGACCCUCAGAUCCCUAUGCAUUAUUGGCAGCCAAUGUUAUGUACGACAUUAGUCAACAAGAACAAAAAUCAGAUCGCAUAUUUGAAGCUCUCUGUCUGCUGCAAUAUGUUCUGCGCAACAGUACAAGUAAUUUUCAUGUUAAACUUUUAAGUCUUAAAAUCUACCACAUGUUGGGUUGUCAUUUGGGCGCUCAGGAGAUGUACGAUUAUUUGGAAAUCAAACAAAUACAAUUAGAUUCCAUGGGUUAUGUGCAUUGUAAUCCACUAGUAUUAUCGGGACGUUUCUCUAUGUCACGCUCGGUGUUUGAUUCAACUUUGAAGUUCUUCACCAACAGCUAUAAAGAGCGUUUGGAGUAUAUAGCGCUGACCUAUCGUUUUUGUACAUUUUCAAAACUGGAAGAGUUUAUGAAUUUUAAAGAACGUUUAACGAACAGUUUACAUUAUGUAUCAAGUUCUGUAGAGGCUCAACUGUGUGAUUUGGUCAUGUUGUAUGGAAAUGUUCAACAAAAUCUCAACACCUAUAUGGUAAUGUCUAUAGAUCCGGCAGAGGAUCGUAUCUCAUGGCAUGAAUUAAGUGACAAUCGUGAUUUGGGCGCACUUAUACGCUGGGAUCCCAUACAUUUAGUAGAUGUUGAAGAGCAACGCAAAGAAUCCUUUAAACAAGAAACGGAAGUAUUGCACAUACGUUCGCUACUGCUGCGUUUAAUUGCAUCUUUCGUUGAUCUCUUCCAUCCAACAUUGAGUGCUAAAUAUUGUCGAGCCGCUGCUUAUAAUGCUAAAGAAUGUCAAAAUUCGAUUUCCACACCCGCCAAAGAAAUCGCUGUCGUUGAAUCGUUGUGUGAUUCAUGGCUGGAAGUUUUUAAACGUUUACGUGCAGCCGAUAUUAAACCAUUACACAAUCGUUUUCUAGUCAAUCUUUUGCCAACACGUUUGCAUUUACUACUCGAAAUGCCAUAUGAAAAAUUCUUCAGUGAUUUGGCUACUUUGGUGAAGCAAAUGUAUGUGGGCGAUACCAAUUUAUCGCUGCAAUGUAAAGUGGUGAGUGAUAAUGUAGUCGCUGUUGUCAACUUAUGCGAAGCAACAAUUAAGGAAAGUGAUGAAGCCACCGAGGAUGGUUUGUGGCGAAGACGUGAAUGGCAGAGUAAAGUGGCUGUUUGUUUAGAGAUAAUUUCGCUAUAUGCUUUCAUUUUACAAGCAAUACAUGAAAAACUCCAAGCUUCGCCAAAAACCAAACAAAAGCGAAAGCAAAAUGCGGAAGUCGAAAAAGUUAUAAGUGAAAAAGAACGUUGUCUACUAAUUAUUGAAUUGAUGCGUCAAUUGAAAUUGGAAAUCAAACGUUGUGAUAAAUUAUUAAUUAAUUGGAAAACACCAGCACUGCCUAGAAAUCUUAAUUCCUUUAUGGCUGAUAUGUCUUUAAAACCCGAAGUAGAGGCUACGCUGAUAGGUGAUGUUGCUUCAACAUUCAAAGAAUCACAUGAAUUUAUGGUGACUGAAUUGAGGAAUCUAUUAAAUGAUAAAGUUCGCAUGUUAUUAAGUAAAUAAAAUCAUACAUAGUAUACUUUAUUAUUAAAAAAAAUAACACUUAUUAAAUAAUAUUAUUAUUAAUAAAAAAUAAUAAUAAAAA